GAAUCCGCCCCUUCAGGCCCUCUCAUGUGGCCCUCGCACCUCUCCUGCAGGUACCCCCUUGUCUCCACCCCCACCUUGCCUCAGCAGUCAGAAGCAGAGGAGGAUAAUAGAACUCCUCUGCCAAAACAAGCACCUCUCCGUGUAGCUGCAGCACCCCCUCAUCUCCGCCUCCCCUGGUCUCAGCAUUCAGCAGACUCUGGUAACUGACUCCACUCCUCCUCUGGUCCUCCUCCAGACCCUGAACUUUCUGCUUUCCAGCUCUGCCCCCAAAGGGGGUGCAUGGUGAUGGGAGGAUGUGGGAUUCUUGACAUCUGAUGUAAUGGGGGGGGGGGGUGCUCUGAACAU